CAGAAGCGCCAAUACAAGCAGCGCGACAUGAAUGCGCCGAAGCGCCCAUUGACCGCCUACUUCCGCUACCUGCGCGAACAGCGACCGAUCCUCACCAGGGAAAUGGCGGAGAACCCGGACACCGAAGGUACCAAGGCUGGCGACAUCAGCAAGCUUGCCACCGAGCGGUGGAAGGCUUUGACGGAUGCUGAGCGUGAGCCAUACAAACAGGCAUACCAGAAGGAACUGCUGAAGUAUGAGACGGACACCAAGGCAUACAAGGAGUCGCUC